AUGAAGAAAAGAGCAACAUGUAGAGCCACAAACAAUGGUGGAAGAGCAAGCCGGAGUCAACGAUUGGACUAUGUCCGAUUAUGCCCGUCCUACCUUGGAGGGAACUCCCUCAAGCAUUUGGAGGCCCAACAUCAAAGCCAACAACUUCAAAUCAAGAUUGGGAUGCUGCAAAUGAUACAAAAUCGGGUGCAAUUGAAUGGCCUACCCGACGAGGAUCCCAACUCCCACUUGAGGAAGUUCUUGGAGCUUUGUGACACCAUAAAGAUCAAUGGCGCAACCACUAACGCCAUCCACCUCCAUCUAUUCCCAUUCUCCCUCUACAAUGGAGCACGGGACUGGCUUGAUGCACAGCCACAAAACUCCAUCACAACGUGGAUGAAACUUGCCAAUAGAUUCUUGGCCAAGUAA